AUUUGGUGCCGCUAAAUAAUACCGCGAGUUCUGUACGUCAUCCAGCCAAAAACCAUUCAUGACGGAAGGAAUUUGCAAAUCGCAAGACUAUUUGCAAUUGAAAGAAGUUGAUGAGGAAAUAAGCAAAAAUGAGCGACGAUUGGCACAUGUCUCCAAGUUCAUUGGACAUAAAUUCCUAAAAGACGGAAUGAAGAUUGAAGUGGACGACACUGAAAUUGAUGAAGCAGAAUUCGAAAGAGGCCUUUUGGAAUACUUUGAAGCCAAUGAGGAAUUGGAGCAUAAAAAGAGAAGGCAAUACGAGACUAAAGAGCGACUGUUAAAUGAGUACAGAAAAGCGGAGGAAAAGCACCAGUUGGCUAGAGAAGAUCUGAGAAGGAUUUUAUUGGGAAUUUAUUUCUCUACGCGGCCAAAAACGGGAAGCAAGAAAAGUAGGAGAGCAUCCCUCUCUGAGCAGAGUGAAGAGCUGAAUAAAAUGUUUGAAGAGCAGAAAAUGAUGGAGGACAAGGUUUUAAAAUUAAGAUUGAAACUUUGUGUUAAUGCGCAAAAUGCUCAGCAAAAACAUGAAUUCAAAGAGUCAAUUUUUAAAAGAGAGUUGAAGAUGUUGGAGCAACAGAUGCGACACAACAGUCUAAGGAAAAAACUAUCAGCGGCGCAGAAUCUGUUAUCAAGAAAUAUUGCUUUGAAAGACGCCCUCGUGGAGGUACUAAUAAAUUGAAAAGCUUGGCCCAAAUUAAUCAACUCCAUGGACCAUGACCUAACAGGAGGGUGAAGAUGGCACCUCAAGAAAGAGUAAAUUUAAAAGUGAAAUUGCUAUGCUCAAGAGUGACGAUUGCAUGUCUGAACUGGCGCUUAAACAGAUGUACCAGAGGUACAAAGAACUACAGCUGCGGCAUGGAGCAAUAUGGACUAAGAUAAGUGAAGCUGAAGUCAAAAGCGACUUGGCAAUUCUAUCAAGCAUUAAAAAGCAACAUUCUGAGCUAUUGAACGAGCUUGAUGAAGAAAUUAGAACAGAAAGGGCUGACUGCGAAACGUUUGAUCAAUUGUUAAACAAG